UUUCCGGUUGUUCAUAUACACACACGUGAAGGUCAGCAAUAAACCCCCAAGGCGUUGAUAAACUGUAAAAUAUUGCUCUUACGACAUCAUUUUUAGCAAACAUGGACGGCCAGGGAGCGACAGCUGACCCUCAGCUUCAACACUUCAUCGAAAUAGAGUCCCAAAAACAAAGAUUUCAGCAGCUGGUGCAUCAAAUGACAGAGGUUUGCUGGGAGAAAUGUAUGGAUAAACCUGGUCCAAAGCUGGACUCGAGGACAGAAAUUUGCUUCGUUAACUGCGUGGAGCGAUUUAUCGACACCAGCCAGUUCAUCCUAAACAGACUGGAACAGACUCAGAAGAGCAGGGGGUCAUUCUCUGAGACCAUGUUAGACUGAAAACUGUCACCGAAAGGACUGACGAGGCACACAUACAGGACCACUGCUCAGAGAGGAGGCCGUUUGGUCCUGACACAGCUGUCUGUACAGUAUGGUGAAGAACUGUCCAAUCAACCAGGAAAAGGAACAACAUCCAGUGUUACUUUUGAUACAAGUGCCUGAAAUUAACACUAUGUCUGGACUGGUGUACAAGUCUAGGGUUUUAUUUGUGGUCUGCUGGAAUGUGAGUGUUGCAAAAUGCUUCAACUGUGAUCUGUUGCUAGCAGUUACCUUAUGUUGGUUUUGUUUGUCAGGUAAUUGAGUUCAAAUAACUUAACACUCAAACUGUAUAACUGAUACUGAAUGCAUUAGCAUUCACUGCUGUAACUCGUGGGUUAAGUGCAGGAGAUUGCAGAAGGAUUGUCACAUCUGGGGCAUUCAGCUACCAGCCACAAGGACUACACUACCCGCUGGUGUAAUAUAAAACAGCUAAUGAUGUCUUGACUGAAUCGGCAUGAUCAACAGCUAAAGGUUCUGGACUGUACAUAUGCAAUAAACAAAAUGCCAAAUAA